AAUGUGUUUUAAAAAAUAAUAAUGACAUGAUAACUUUAGAAGAAAAGAAGUACCAAAAUUUUUGUUUUGAUCAACUGGUUUGCGUGGAGCCAUUUUUCCACUCUGACUAUCUGACCCGUGUGCUUUUGAAACAGGUUUUGCUUUGCUUCUUUGGCACUCUGCAACUAUUGUGUACCACCAAAGCCAUUUGCUGCCAUUUUUCACAUCCAUGAUCUUUCAGUGAUUUUCUUGUCUCCAAACAAAUCCCUUUGAACAAUACUAAGAAAAACACUCACACUGUGUUUUUUUUUGGAAGCUCAAUGUUGUUUGUUGUUGUAUCUACCCUUCGUCCGUAAACAAAGUCAAUGCAACCAUUUGACUGUCUUGUUCUUCCCAUGUGGAUCUGAGUCUCUUGCUUGAACCUUGCUCCCUUGGACGAAGCUUCCCUAAGCCUUCCUGGCUCUUCCUCUUCAUAAAUGCAACUUUUUUUUCUUAUCCGUUUUUCAUGAGUUUCUCAUCUGGGUUUGGGAUUGGUGCUGCUCAUUAUGAUGAACAGUUGAAACAAAAUCAAGGUUGGACAAAAAACAAGCCUCGUUUUUGUCUCAUGUAGACAAACUGAGAUCCAAGAAGACAAGACCAUGUAAGUAUUAUGAGAUUUUAAUAACAAUUGUUGUUUGUUUUGGUUGUUAAAAUAUUACUAGACUCCCAGUUUGUUGAUGAAAUUUCUGUGACAGAAUAUCCCCCUCAAGACUCAGUCAUGUAUAGACCAUUCAUGACAUGUGAUGAUCCAAAAGGGGUAGUUGAGUGUGGGGCUAUAAGAAAAUACAGGACCAGUUCUCAGAAAAUGAAGGACAAGACAAAAACUAGGAGGCCGGCUGAGACAUCAUUGGCUAACAAACAAGACAAAGAGGAGAAGGUUUCAAAAGGAUCCGCUGAAAGGUCUUUUGAUCCAUCAUCCUUGCAGCUCAUGGAAGUUUCUAGAGGAGCUCAAAGGUUGAACAACAUGAUUGAUUCAUGGUCUAGGGGUCUUAUGUAUGAUGGAAGUUCUGAAGAUAUAGCAAAAGAUUUGCUAAAAGGGGCUCUUGACCUGCAAGAAUCUCUACUAAUGCUGCGCAAGGUGCAAGAAGCUUCACAACACAUGGCUACCUUGAAGAGAAGACAAAAUGGGAAACCUGAAAGCAGCAGAUUUGAUGCAAUGCCGGUUGAUGGAACUGCACAUUGUGAUCACUUUGGUGAACAAAGUUAUCAAAUGGGGUUCCGAAGACGUUGGCCUUCAGCUGAUGGUUCUUCAAGUAGCUGCCCUGAGGAGCUUAAGAAAGUGAUUAAGGAGAGCCUGGUUAGUCAAAAUUUGUUCAAAACCACUGAAGGGUUGGAUUCAUCAUCCACAUUCCACUCCACAAACUCAAGCCAAUCUUCUGGGGCUUGGAAUGAUAAGCUUUCUGAUUCUUCUUUCUCACCAACAACUUCGAGGAGGGAAAGACGAUCCAAUCUGGUUGCCAAGCUGAUGGGUUUAGAAGAAGCCCCUUCAAGAUCAUUCCCAGCUGUUAUACAGAAACAGCUGGAGAGUCCAAAGAUUCUGAAUCAGAAGAGACAUGUAUUUGACAUAGAUAUGCCUAAGGUGAGAAAAAAUGUUGAGAAUGUUAGUCUGGAACGUAAGAUGACCUUGAAGGAAAUUCUUGAGACUACUCAUUUCAAUGGACUUUUGAAGAAGAGUCCUGUCAGAGAGCAUAAUGUUCAUGUCCAUCCUUCCUUUGAUGCUCACUACAAACAUGUUGGUGAUUUACCUCCUAUUGUACUUAUGAAACCUCGAUGUAGUCCAUAUCAGGAAUGUGUGAACAGUUAUGACCAUGUUGUUCCUCCAGAAAAGUUAUCCCUCAGAAAUCUAAAAGCAAAAGUUGCCCCUUCCAAAGUGUUCCAACACAAGGAAGACUCAACCACCAACGUGGGGAGAAAAAUGGAAGAACAUUUAUCCAAAAGGCUUACCAAAGAGGAAAGAACUAAGCUCGUCAGAGAGGUUGUGGAGUUGAAGGAGAAAGAAAUCAAGCCUAUUGAAAACGAGAAGGCUCCAGGAGGUAAGGUAAGACUGCCUAGUCAUGUCAGUCACAAAUCACAUGUAAAUGAAACUGUUGAUAGAAAAGCUAAGGUGAAGACCAUUGCCACUAGUAGAAAGCUUUCGGAAAAGGAGGUUUUAAAAUCCAAACAUCAACAACAAAAUCUUAUACCAGUAGUUGAGGUUUCGAAACCCAAAUUUGUGACAAAAUCCCAAGAAGAUCAAGGAGAAAUCAGCUCUACAAGUACCAAGAUUAGGAAGCCACAAAGUGGCUCCCGAAGUGAAAAGAAUGAGACUCCCAGCAGAAAGAGCACUGUUUCAAAUUCAAAUACCAUAUCAAAACCAAAGAGCCAAAAGAUUACUUAUUCCAAGGAACAGAAUAAGAAACAGAUGAAGAAGCAAAGGCCUGCUGUUGCUGAGCCUGAAGCAGCUAAACCAGUCGAUCAACGGUUAGGCCAAGAAGAAGCAAUGAGUGUUGCUGUUUCUCAUAAAGAUGAUUGCCCUGAGAUUAGAAUAAUAACUACAAUAGCAGAUGAUCUUGCGAUGGAUCAUGAAGAAGUAUAUGCAUCUGCAAGUAAGAUUAGAGAAGUUUCUGAGCAAAACCAGAGUUCUUCUAGUGAUGAUUACUCUAUGGUCAAGUCUGAACGUGAAAAUGAUAUCAUUCUUGCUGAGAAAGCUCAUGACAUCAUCAAUAUCAGUGAAACAGAUUACAAGGCUGACAAAGACAAUUCUGAGCUUAAAUAUUUGCUUCUGACAAGUCAAUCAUUUAUUGAGCAUGCAGAGAAGUUCCUCAAUCUUGAUGUUGACUGUCCCAAGCUCCUACCAAAAAGUGAAACUAAGCGAAUAUCCAAUCUCAUACUCUUUUUGGACUGUGCAAAUGAAGUCACUGAGCGUAAAAGCUUGCAGGGAUCACAAGCAGUUAACCCUUUAUUGCUAACUUGUGCGGGGAAUCCAAGAUUGCACAUUUCUUUAGGGAGGUUGGUUGAUGAAGUGUGUAGUGCCAUUGAGCAUCUAACAUCUUACAGUGAAAAAGUGGCUUCAGAUAAUAUAUAUGCAAUGAUGGAGAGAGAUAUAAAGGGAAACAAUGGACUGAUAAAUGGAAUAUGGAACUGGGGUUGGAGGCAUGGAUUUUCUGCAGAUGAAGCUGAGCAAGUUGUGAAUGAAGUAGAGGACCUAGUUUUAGGUGGAUUGAUUGAAGAGAUAAUUGUAAAUUUAUGAUUACAUAUAUUUUGAGACCAUGUAUACAGCCUUUAGAUAUCAGCAUCUUCAACUUGUAUAUAAAGGACUCAUUGAAUUGAUACAAGAAAGAAGAGUUGAACACCUAGGCUGCAGAAAGUUGCAUAAUUUUGCUAUGCUAUGAAUAACCUUUUCUUUUA